UAACAUUACAAGCUAGCCCACAGCCCUGGUGUCACCUGAUAGUGUCCCACUGAAGAACUAACCAGGUCUGACACUCCUUAGGGGAUUUGAUAUCAGCCAGAAUCAGCUAAAUGCUGUUACCUGACCUGCGUACAGCUUAUGUAAAGUCAUAGAAUUAAGAAAAACCUCCAACAAAUAGCAACUGCAUCUUCUUUUGUGUUGAGUGGAUACAAUAAGAACACUACUCUGUACAUUUCUUCUUUGUCAGGAAAUGGCCAUUUUUAUCAAAGUUUCAUUCAUAGUUUCACAUGCAUUUUCAAAAUCCUUCAUGUUACUACCUAGAUGUGGCCCAAAGUGAUACAUUUAACUGACAUUCAAUCACUGUAUGUAUUUUUUUCUAAGUUUUGUGUUUUUUAAAAUAACAACAAAAAAUGUUUAUUGUCACUGGCAGAUCACAGAUAAAGGGGAAGGCAAUUUAACUGUCCUUCCCCAACCUAAUGCCUUUCAGACAUUUUAGACUAAAAUCUACUAUCUCUAGCAGCAUGGCCAAUAGCUGGGAGUAAUGGGAAUUGUAGUUCAUUACAAAGUGCAACUCACACUAUGUUAUUUUCUUGCUUCCUUGUCUCAAUAACAUCAGAGCCAUUGACAGAUUUCAGGAGGUUCCCUCACCAUUGCUGGACAGGACAGAAUGAAAGCUGGGGGUGUUAUGCCUAUUUUUAACAUUUCAGACAUACUAGAGCCAAUCAACAAGAUCCUACUAUUCAUCACAAGAAUGAAGAAACGUAAGUGCUUCUAUAAUUCAGUACGAUGGCGUGUCUUGAUACUGUUUUUAACAGUCGUGCUGCUCUUGCUGCUUAAACUUCUCAAAGUUAAUUGGAUUUUAUUCUUUCACAAAGAUAUUUACUUUGUAGAACCAUUUUUAAGUGCAUCAUCAUUUGUGAAAAACAGGUACAGCCACUUAAAAAAAAAUCCCCAGUAUGAAAUUAAUUGUUCCUCCAUCUAUGAUCAAGAUCCCAUGGAGAUUGGAAAGUCUUUACAGAUAAAGAGAAAGAAGAUUAUUGAUCUAGAAGAUGAAGAUGUUGUAGAAAUGACCAGUAACUGUCAGGUAUACCGAGCAAUUAGAAAAUAUCACCUAAAGACUGUUUCUCCAGAAGAGGAGGAAUUCCCUUUAGCUUAUUCUCUGGUUGUUCACAAAGAUGCCAUAAUGGUUGAGCGGCUCAUCCAUACAAUAUAUAGCAUUCAGAAUGUCUACUGUAUUCAUUAUGAUCAAAAGUCUUCUAACACUUUCAAACAUGCUUUGGAGAAUCUGGCCAAAUGUUUCUCUAAUAUUUUUGUUGCAUCCAAAUUGGAAGUGGUAGAGUAUGCCUAUAUUUCAAGACUGCAGGCAGACUUGAAUUGUUUAUCUGAUUUACUGAAAUCUCCAGUUCCAUGGAAGUAUGUAAUUAAUUUAUGUGGUCAAGACUUUCCCCUGAAAUCAAACUUUGAGUUGGUAUAUGAACUUAAGAAACUAAAUGGAGGUAAUAUGUUGGAGACCAUCAGACCAAGCAGUAGUAAAAAGGAAAGAUUUACUUAUCACUAUGAACUUCAGAAAAUGUCUUAUAGGAAGAUGCCUGCAAAAACUAGUAUUUCAAAGGAUCCACCUCCACACAAUAUUGAAGUUUUUGUAGGCAGUGCCUAUUUUGUUUUAUGUCGAGCUUUUGUACAGCAUAUUCUUGGCAGUUCCUAUGUUCAAGAUUUUUUGGAAUGGUCAAAGGACACUUAUUCACCUGAUGAACAUUUCUGGGCAACUCUUGUUCGUGUACCUGGAGUACCUGGACAGAUUUCAAGAGAAGCUCAUGAUAUCACAGAUCUUCAGAGCAAAACGCGUUUAGUAAAAUGGAACUACCUUGAGAACUAUCUGUAUCCUCCCUGUACUGGUGCACAUCUUCGCAGUGUGUGCAUCUAUGGAGCUGCAGAAUUAAGAUGGCUCCUCAACUACGGGCAUUGGUUUGCCAACAAAUUUGACUCAAAAGUGGAUCCUAUUUUAAUAAAAUGUUUGGCAGAAAAGAUUGCAGAACAGCAAAACGAAUGAGUUGGCUUAGCUUCUGAAAAAAUGAUUUAUAUACAGAAUAUUUACAGAUGUCUCCUAUCAGUAUAGAAUAGUUUUGAGUGGAUCAUCUGGUAUUUUUAAAGUGAGGAAUUGCUGGAUGGAGCCUUUUUGCUUGUCAGACACAUUUCUGUAAGGGACUCUCUGGUCUAUCUUGGCAAAAUGCAGAUAUAUUUCUACAUGUGCAACUAAAAUAAGGCAUUCCCUAGCUGAGCACUGAGCAAUUGUCUCUAUUUAAGAUCCUUGGAACAUAGAUUACAGGUAGUCCUCGUUUAGUGACUGCUCAUUUAGUGACCAGUCACCGUUACAAUGGUAAUGAAAAAGUAACUUUAUGACCAAACCUUGCAUUUACAACCUUCACAGGUCUGUAAUGCAAAGGAAAGCU